CUUUCCUCAGUGGCCGCGGCUGCCGCUUCCGCUUCGUGCGGCCCCCGGCACGGCGUGUGUGGGAAAAGCGGGGACGCGUCACCUACCCCUGGGGUGAAGCGUAGGCCGAGGAGUCACUGGGUACAGCCCCUACCUUCCCUCCGCGGCUGAGAGCCCGCACAGGAGGCGCCGCUCUGUCCUAACAUGGCGGCCUCCUCCUCCCGCCCUGGCGGCGCGGGCCGCGGCUGCCUCUCGGCUGUUGCAGCCGCUGUCACAGCCGCUGCCGGAGGCUGGGGACGGACGGUCCGUGGAGAUCACGGGGUGAAGAGCUGCUGGCAUGGUUCAGACUUACUGUGCCUAAGGUGUAGUGUCAGCUGGUGUAACCUGCUCAGCUCUUCUCAAACAUUUCUGGAAAGAGGAAUGGAAUCACUCCAAAUUUGGCGACCCAGUAAUUACAGUGACUUCAGCUGUCCCAUCUGUCUCCAGACAGCUACUUUUCCAGUAGAAACCAACUGUGGACAUUUAUUCUGUGGUUCCUGUCUGAUCACGUACUGGAAACAUAGUCCCUGGUUAGCAGCGAUAACCUGCCCUCUCUGCAGACAAAAGGUGGUUCUUCUGGAUAACAUCUCUUGUGAAAAGCAACAAGAUAAGCCAAGUAAACAAAUUGUGCAUGACAUUAGAGAUUACAACAAGCGUUUCUCAGGGCAACCUCGACCCAAAGCAAGCUCACCUGGAAGUCAAGAGAGCGGAUUCCUACAUCAGAUCCCAGUGCCAGGGACUGCACUACAGCUGCCAGCUAAGUCAGCCCUCUCCAUACUCAUCGCUGCUGGUGAUGGAGUAAACUAAGCCUGGGAGUGCUGCUCUUCUGUACAACCUGGAACAAGUCCAAGAACACUGGCACAGCCCAAUCAGCGCAGUGUGGAUAUGCUGUACCCGUAACAGACGAUACACCACAAUGCUUUACUACAAGCCUUGAGAGCAAACCUGAGAGAUCAGCACUGAAUAAGCCACAACCAUCCCUUCCUCUUUGCUUUUUGUUACAUGAGGACACAGGUAAGGGACUGAGAUAUGGAAAGAGCAGGGAAAGAAAGACAAAAAAAGAAGAAGAAGAUGAAAUAGGAGAAGAGAAGAGAAGAGAAGAGAAGAGAAGAGAAGAGAAGAGAAGAGAAGAGAAGAGAAAUCAACAGAUGAGAAAAGAAGAAAAAGUAGAAAAAAAACUUAAAUGAAAGAGAGGCACAAACAAGAAGGCGGCAAGAAUUUAAGAGGAAAGAAUAAACAAGAGAUGGAGAGGGAGAUGGUGGGGAUAUCGGGGAUUUAGCACCAAAAAGAAAAGCUCUGUUCUCCACCACACCUAUCUUCUUUCUCACGUUUCUGUUAUUCUCUUUCCAUGCCAGUCCUCUGGUUCUCCUCUGGGAUGAGUGGAACUUCGAUGUCCAGAAAGCCACAAGUUUGGCACUUUGUGUCUUAUGGCAAAUGUGCUGGCUAUCCAGUGUUUCCAUAGGGGCAAAGUUAUAUAAAGCAAAUGAAAAGCAAAGCUUGCUUAGUGUCCCUUUCAUGCAAUGCAAGAAUCAUCCCUUAGAUGGGACUAUUGCAAAAUUAAACAACCUUACAACCACGACCAGUAAAUAAUGAGUAAUGUGCUUGUAUAUACAAAGCUUUUAGACCAACCAGCCAAAGAAAGUGAGGAUAGCUCAUCACAAAAAGACCCCAUUUAUCAGAAGAGCUUCAAACAGCUUAGCAUCUUUAGGGCCAUAACUCAUCUCUUUCACCUAAGCUAAGUGCCAGCUUCCAACCUAGAGGCUAAUACAUAUCCAAUAUAUCUGAUGUAGACGCUUGAGCACUGCUUCCCCCAGUCUAGUCUAACAAUACAGGAUGCAAUAUCUAAACUACUUAAAGUUAACAGAAAUUACUGAUUUCAUGACAACAGACAGGAAGCCACUAGUCUGGGAAAAUGAGGCAAAAAUCAAGUCUUACCACACAUUUUGAAAGCAAAAGGAGUCUGACACAAGGCUGCUAGACUCAGCAAUAUUUUGCUGAAUAUAUCCAAGCUGUUUAACUCAGUUCUGAGCUACAGGGCUGGGCACUAAAGGGACCUUCCAAAUGUGACACAUUAUCAUCCUCCACCACACAAUUUUGGGAGGAGGAAGCUGGGCUGGGUGAUGGUACAGCCUUUUACACAUACUCUUGUUGUGGAGAGAUUCUUCAGAGGAGAAAAUAUUGAUUAGAAAGUGUUUGGGGUUUUUUUCCCUUGGAGGGUCUCCUAUGCUUCCAGAGGUCCAAAAGAAGUGACAUGGUGAGAUCUAAACACUUCUCAGUCUGCUUAGUGAGGAUUGCAUUGCCACAUCACUUCACUCUGUUCCCUGACAGAACAAUGUGCUCCCAUCAGAGCUUCCACAUCCACACUCCUCCCUGAAAUUUCUCCCUGCUAAAGGACUAUCUGGAAGUUGUGCAGAAAACAGCAACUUAUAGCAGGUGCUCACACAAACAGGCCCUACAUGGGUCAAAAUAUAUUUAUGUACUGAAGGUUAGUAAUGCUCUGGCAAAUGCAACCCCUAGGAGUACUACACAUUGAGUACAACCCCUAUAAAUUAUUCUUAGCUGAAAAGUGCACUUGUGAAAGUUGACAGCCCAACUCACUUUUGCUGCUUAUACAUGCUUAUGGGGCACAGCAAGAUAUGGGCACAGUGGUUCUCCUUAUUUGCGUUCUAGUGUUUUUCAACCCUCAUCUGGAGGAGUAUCUUUGUGCAAAAAUCUGCAACUUACGCUUUUCCAUGCCCACUUGGUGGUUAGCCUUUCUGCCUAUAUUUCCCUCAAGAGUGAUAAUUAUGGUCUUGCUAAUCAUUACAUGAACACUUAUCCCAAUACAAACAAGAGCCAUGAAGCAAUUUCAUAUGGAUUCUCUGUACGUGUCACUGUCCAAUUUCUAGUCUCAAAUUCUGCCUCAGAAAUGUUUAAGCACAGUGGGUGUGAAAAGUUGCUUCAAAACAAGAAAGCAGGCAAGGGUUGGGAAUGGUUGUUAUACGUCUAUAUCUAAGAAACCAAGGAAACAAGAACCUAUGACUUAGUUGAACACAGAAAGGAGAACGAGAAUUGGAUGCCAAUUCUGAGGAUGAGGAAAGCCAGUAUGCUAAUAAAGCAACUACCUUCUAUUGCUAAUAAAACUAAUAAAGGUUAUGGGAUCUUUCCUCUACCAUUUCAGAUCCGUGAUUAUAUGAAAGGGAAUAAAGACAAAUGUCUUUACUGUUAACCGUAAUAAAAUGAAAUGUAUUGGAAAUGCCUAGAUAGUAAGCAGAGUAUUGUUAAACUAGACAGAUAGGGCAAAUUUUGAGAAACAAACCCCUCUAGACUUCUUUAGGAGAAAGAAUAACACAG